AAUAAUAAGACUAAGAAAAUGCUAGAGAAGUACAAGCUAAUGCUCAUGGCAGCUCUUUUCUGCCUGAGUGCAGUCAUCCUCGGAGUAAAUCUGCUCCAAAAUCGAAGUAUUCUAGGUUCUUUAGGGGCUAUUAAUGAAGACUUCACUCUCGAGCCCUCAGAAAGCGAUCAAAAUUGGGAUUCUAAUUAUUUCAGAAAUCUCUCUCCGGUCAGCGAGGAAAUUGCAAACGAAAAUGUGGCAGCGGAGCCACCAACAGAGAAUGAACAAGAAAGAGAAACUAGCAGCCCUGAAAGCAAGCUUCAAUUGCUUAACAGCACAGAAAGAAGAAAAGAGAUCUUAAAUAUUGAGUCAAAGACCUUCGGAGGUACCUGGAGUCUUAAUGAACAAAAAGAUAGGGCUAGACUUAGCUCCCAUUUGAACAAUAUUAAAGGGAUAGUCAAGUCUAAGUUGGUCUAUCAUAAGGAAGGUGCUACCCUACCAGAACUCAAACUUGAUAGCACUCUCCAUGACGGAAAGUACAGAGACCAGGUGAUUUAUCUCAAGGUCUUUUUUGAAGAGAUCUAUAUCAGAACAGAUAAUAACACUAUUGUAGUGAACCACAAGAAUGCAAGCGUGGAGGUAUCUUAUGGUAGACUUUAUUCGAUUACUCAAGACCAUAACUGCCAGGCUGAUAUACAAGGAAAUUUCGACUUCAGCGAUUUGAAGAAUAUCAAGAGUAACAUUGUGCUGACUUCUGAUGGGUCUUGCUUCCCUGAAAAAUUAACAUUUGACCUUGAGUAUCCUAACAAGUUUGCUAUCUCUAAAAGAAGAGUAUUCAAUUACGUCAUUAUCUUAUCAUGCCUGCUUAUUGGGUACUGAUAUGUGACAAAUAAGCAAUGAUAUGAGGCUGAGCAGAACCAGGCGAUUGCAAACAGGAUUUCCAUGACCACUUUGUCAUGGAACACCAUCUGGAACUUUUGAUUGUUUAACAUCUAUCUCAGUUACGCUCUUCAGUUACAAGAUUAUGGAUACUUUGCAAUUUCGGCCUGAAUGUACUUUAUUUUAUGAUUUAUUUUCGAAUUAAAAUUGCUCCUGAUCUGCUGGAAAGCAAAGAAUAUUGAACUGUUCUCUCAAGGAAACGAGGCUGUAAGAAGAGCCUUGAUCACCUUCUACAUAAAGUUCUACCUAAUUGCCCUAAUGAGUCUGCUCACUCUUGAAAGAAUCAUUGGAAGCAAUAUUACGCUGUUCCUUUUAUGCGGAAGUACUCUUUUCCCUCAGAUUAUCGAAAAUGCUAUAAAUAAGUCAAGGAACACACCUAGCAUGCUGUAUGCUACUGCAAUGAUGGUAACCCAGUGAUUCUUUGCUGUGUACAUCAAGGGAUGUUCUUCAAAUGUCAUGGAGCUAAAAUCUGAUUACAAAUGGACUAUAUAUUUUGUAUCUUAUGUCGUUUUUCAAAUCUUUUUCCUCUACUUACAACGCAAAUUCGGCUCAAGAUUCUUUAUUCCAAAAUUUUGAAGAUUUUGGGAUGAGUACAACUACUAUAAAAAUUUCAAUGAAGAUCUUGAGGAAGGAAACAACUCUGAUGGAGGGCUAACUUGCUGAAUCUGUCUUAACCCUCUCACCUUCUCCGAAGAAGGAGAAACCCAAGUUGAUUCUCAGACCAGGAGUGGAAUUUCAAGAUUCUUGUUCAGAAGAACGACCACAGAUUCAAGCUCCAAUAUGUACAUGAAGACACCAUGUGGUCACAAAUACCAUCCGUCUUGCCUAAAGGCAUGGAUGAGGAGGAAACUCGAGUGUCCAUUCUGAAGGACGUCCAUUCCGGCUCUAGACGAAGAGGAAGAGUAACAAUGAUUCUAAGCUUCUAAAAUAUUUGAGUUUCAUUCUAAUU